UCCAACCUUCCCUCUCAGUCGCUCGGAAUUUCGGCUCCGGCGGAGAAUCGCCGGAAAGAGGUUGAGGCGACAAAAACGGGUCCGGGAUCGGGAGGAGAAGCCGAAACAACAACUCCGGGGCUCGGACGCGUCAACACACAACGAGCUGCUUCCCCCGGGGCUUCAUCAUGGAGGCUGAACUAUGAGGUGUUGUGUAGCUGCGGACGACUGAGUGAACCAUGGCGCAGUUCCCCACCACAUUCACAGGUCCAGAUGUGUUUCUGAUCUCAGUGGAUGAGAGAGCCAAAUAUGAUCAGCAGUUUCACAGCCUCGCUCCGACUGCAGGGGGUUACAUCACAGGUGACCAGGCCAGGAACUUCUUCCUCCAGUCAGGUCUACCCCCUCCCGUCCUGGCCCAAAUCUGGGCUCUGGCCGACAUGAACAGUGAUGGCCGAAUGGAUAUCUACGAGUUCUCUAUCGCCAUGAAACUCAUCAAGCUGAAACUCCAGGGUCACCCGCUGCCCCCUUCGCUCCCUCCCAGUAUGAAACAAUCCCCCCUGCCUUUACCCCCACAGAGCGGCUUUGGCAUGCCCCCCAUGGCUACCAUCCCAGCUCCUCUUUCAGCCGUGCCCCCUCUGCCCCUACCCCCUCUGCCUGUCGGGGUGUCUCCCCCACUGGUCUCAUCUGCCCCGCCUCCCCUCCCCCAGCCCAUCGCCAAUGGAGCUCCUCCCACAGGCAUGAUCCCGCCCAUCUCGGGCUUCCCCCACCCAGCUCAACCUGUCAACAAGUCGUCUUCAUUCAAUCGUUCCAGUGCUAAGCUGCAGAAGGUAGCAUCAUUUGAUGCUGCUGGCAGUCUGCCCCCCUGUGAUUGGGCCGUUCCUCAGUCCUCAAGGCUGAAGUACAGACAACUUUUUAAUUCACACGACAAGAUGAUGAGUGGACACCUCACAGGUCCACAGGCUCGCACUAUCCUGAUGCAGUCUAGUCUUCCUCAGGGCCAGUUGGCCACAAUAUGGAGUCUGUCAGAUAUCGACCAGGAUGGAAAACUGACGGCUGAGGAGUUCAUCUUGGCCAUGCACCUCAUAGAUAUGGCCAUGUCAGGGUUACCGCUGCCCCCUGUGUUACCACCAGAUUACCUCCCACCCACAUUCAGGCGUGUGCGGAGCGACAGUGUUCAGUCGGACCAGAAGUUCGUUCAGGAGGAAAUGGAGGAGGAGACCGAGAGCAGCCAAGAUAAGAAACUACCAGUGACAUUUGAGGAUAAGAAGAGGGAAAACUUUGAGCGAGGAAACCUGGAGUUGGAGAAGAGACGUCAGGCUCUGCAGGAGCUACAGAGGAAAGAGCAGGAGCGACUGGCUUCUUUGGAGAGAGAGGAGCAGGAGAGGAAGGAGCGUGAACGUCUCGAGCAGGAGAGGAGACGACAGCAUGAACUGGAAAAGCAGCUGGAGAAACAGAGAGAGUUGGAGAGAAUGAGAGAGGAGGAGAGACGCAAAGAGAUCGAGAGAAGAGAGGCUGCUAAACGUGAAUUAGAGCGCCAGCGUCAGUUGGAGUGGGAGCGUCAGCGACGGCAGGAGCUUCUGACUCAGAGGAACCGAGAGCAGGAGAGUAUCGUGCUGCUCAAAGCCAGGAAGAAGACCCUGGAGUUCGAACUUGAGGCUCUGAAUGAUAAGAAGUCCCAGCUAGAGGGCAAACUGAAGGAUGUUCGGUUUCGUCUGUCAGCUCAGCGGAGAGAAGUGGAGCAGACCAAUCAGACGAGAGAAACACGCAUCGCUGAAAUCACCCUGUUACAACAGCAGCUGCAGGACUCACAGCAGUGGCUCGGGAGGCUAAUUCCUGAUAAACAGUGUCUCAACGACCAGUUGAAACAGGUUCAACAGAACAGCUUGCACCGUGACAGUCUGUCAUCCCUGCAGAAGGCUGUGGAGCAGAAGGAAACCAGCAGAGAGCAGCUACGAGAGCAGCUGGAUGCUGUGGAGAGAGAGACGAGGGCCAAACUGCUGGAAAUAGACGCGUUCAACACUCAGCUGAAGUCUCUGUGUGAGUUCUAUGCCAACCACUGUGCCAGGAUAGAGGCCCUGCGACGCCAGCUUCAGGAGGAGCAGAGAGGGAGACAGGAGCUGCGGGAGAUCCACAUCCGGCAGCAGCGACAUAGACAGAGAGAGCUGGAGGGAGACACACACUCACUGACACACACACACUCUAACAUACACACUCCGAUCGAGAGGCAGUCUGCGGAGCUGCACGAGAGCAGGUUGUCUUCAGACGAAGGUGUGAGCUGGAGGGAUGAUGAAGCAGGAAUCUCUGCCCCCGAUCCUCCGAGCCCAACCUCCAUCUCUGCCCCUGACGCCUGGCUGAACAGAGUGACUCAGGAAGAGGAGGAGAGGAAGAGGAGAGGGAUGGAGGAGGAAGAAGAGGGCCGGAAGAGUGAGGGGUCGGUAGAAGAGAUGGAGGACGAGGGAAGAAGCAAGAAGGACAUGCAAGAUAAAUUAAGCAAGCUGUUCGGCCAGCCGGCUGACCCCUGGGGUUCAUCAGUGGAGAAGACUCCAGGACCCAGUCUCUUUGACCAGAAGACAGUCGCCAGCGGCUUCGACCAGCAGCAGCCGCCGCAGCAUCAGCCGCCGCAGCAUCAGCCGCCGCAGCAUCAGCCGCCGCAGCAUCAGCCGCCGCAGCAUCAGCCGCCGCAGCAUCAGCCGCCGCAGCAUCAGCCACCACAGCAUCAGCCGCCGCAGCAUCAGCCACCACAGCAUCAGCCACCACAGCAUCCACCGCAGCAGCAGCUUCCCCAGCAGCAGCCACCGGUGAAGGUGGUGUACUACAGGGCUCUGUACCCAUUUGAUGCUCGCAGCCAUGAUGAGAUCAGUAUCGCUCCCGGAGACGUCAUCAUGGUGAAGGGGGAAUGGGUGGACGAGUCUCAAACAGGUGAACCCGGCUGGCUGGGCGGAGAGCUCAGGGGCAGGACGGGUUGGUUUCCAGCCAAUUACGCAGAACGGAUACCGGACAGCGAAGCACCGAUCAGCCUGCGCGCCACAGCCUCAGUCACACCCACGUCUGCCCAGCAGCCAAUGACAACGCCUCCUCCAGCACCUGGACACGCCCCCUCAUCCGCAUCCUCCGCCAACAGUAACUGGGCCGACUUCAACACAACUUGGCCCUCAAAUACAGCCAGCCAAUCAGACAGCGAGGGUUGGGACGCAUGGCCGACCUCUUCAACCAGUCAGAAUCCAUCGCUCAGCGUUCCCUCAGCGCAACUACGGCAACGCUCUGCCUUCACACCUGCUACCAUGACGACAGGCUCCUCCCCCUCACCUGUGCUGGGACAGGGGGAGAAGGUCGAGGGUCUUCAGGCUCAGGCUUUGUAUCCCUGGAGAGCGAAGAAGGACAACCACCUCAACUUCAACAAAAAUGAGAUAAUAACAGUGUUGGAGCAGCAGGACAUGUGGUGGUUGGGUGAACUGCAGACUGGACAGAGAGGCUGGUUCCCCAAAAGCUACGUGAAGCUCAUCUCCGCCACCGCGACGCCUCCUGUUGUUAUCGCAGCGCGCAGCAAAAACACCAGUGAGUCCGGUGUAUCAGAGAGUCCGCCCAAUGGAAAACGACCCUCCCCUUCCCCAACAAAACCCUCCGACUCUGGUGAAGAAUAUGUGGCCAUGUACACGUACGAGAGCAGUGAACAAGGCGACCUGAGUUUCCAGCAGGGAGACGUCGUCAUGGUGACCAGGAAAGAAGGAGAUUGGUGGACAGGCGUAGUCGGUGGCAAAACUGGAGUCUUCCCAUCCAAUUACGUUAAACCUCGAGACUCUGCAUCAGAUUCUUUGGGACCCGCAGGGAAGACGGGCAGCUUGGGAAAGAAACCAGAGAUCGCUCAGGUGAUCGCCCCCUACAGUGCCACAGGGGCGGAGCAGCUGACCUUGGCUCCUGGGCAGCUCAUCCUCAUCAGGAAAAAGAACCCAGGGGGCUGGUGGGAGGGUGAGCUCCAGGCUCGGGGGAAGAAGCGCCAAAUAGGUUGGUUUCCGGCCAAUUACGUGAAGCUGCUCAGUCCCAGCACCAGUAAGACGACGCCCACAGAGCCGACACCUCCUAAACUGGCUCCUGCCAACACAGCUGUGUGUCAGGUGAUCGGCAUGUACGACUACCUGGCGCAGAACGACGACGAGUUGGCCUUCCAGAAGGGUCAGGUGAUCACAGUGCUCAACAAGGACGACUGUGAUUGGUGGAAAGGAGAGCUCAACGGGAGGGAGGGUCUGUUUCCCAGCAACUACGUCAAACUCACCACGGAUACCGACCCGAGCACGCAGUGGUGCGCUGACCUCCACCUGCUGGACAUGCUGAGUCCCGUGGAGAGGAAGCGACAGGGCUACAUCCACGAGCUGAUCGUCACUGAGGAGAACUACGUCAACGACCUGCAGCUCGUCACAGAGAUUUUCCAAAAACCUCUGCUGGAGUGCGAGCUGCUGACGGAGAAGGAAGUCGCCAUGAUCUUCGUCAACUGGAAGGAGCUCAUCAUGUGCAACAUCAAACUGCUCAAAGCUCUGAGAGUGAGGAAGAAGAUGUCAGGAGAUCGGAUGCCGGUGAAGAUGAUCGGGGACAUCCUGACCAAUCAGCUGCCUCACAUGCAGCCCUACAUCAGGUUCUGCUCGUGUCAGCUGAACGGAGCGACGCUGAUUCAGCAGAAAACAGACGACAACCCUGAGAUCAAAGAUUUCCUCAAGAGGUUAGCCAUGGACCCCAGGUGCAAGGGGAUGCCUCUGUCCAGUUUCCUGCUCAAACCCAUGCAGAGAGUCACACGCUACCCGCUCAUCAUCAAGAACACGUUAGAAAACACUCCGGAGUCUCAUCCAGACCACAGUCACCUGAAAGCUGCUCUGGAGAAAGCAGAGGAGCUGUGUUCACAGGUGAACGAGGGCGUCAGAGAGAAAGAAAACUCGGAUCGUCUGGAGUGGAUUCAGGCUCACGUUCAGUGUGAAGGCCUGUCGGAGCAACUGGUGUUUAACUCGGUCACAAACUGUUUGGGUCCCAGGAAGUUUCUCCACAGCGGGAAACUGUUCAAAGCCAAGAGCAGCAAAGAGCUGUACGGCUUCUUGUUCAACGACUUCCUGCUGCUGACUCAGGUCACCAAACCUCUGGGCUGGUCCGGCUCAGACAAAGUUUUCUCAUCAAAAACACACCUGCAGUACCGCAUGUACAAGACGCCGAUCUUCCUGAACGAGGUGUUGGUGAAGCUGCCGACGGAUCCGUCAGGAGACGAACCUCUGUUCCACAUCUCCCACAUCGACAGAGUCUACACGCUCAGAGCCGAGAGCAUCAACGAGCGGACAGCGUGGGUUCAGAAAAUCAAGGCAGCGUCAGAACUCUUCAUCGAGACGGAGAAGAAGAAGAGAGAGAAGGCGUAUCUAGUUCGCUCUCAGAGAGCUACAGGGAUCGGUCGGCUGAUGGUCAACAUCGUGGAGGGAAUCGAGCUCAAACCCUGUCGCUCUCACGGUAAAAGUAAUCCAUACUGUGAGGUGACCAUGGGCUCCCAGUGCCAUAUCACCAAAACAUUACAGGACACGUUGAAUCCGAAGUGGAACUCCAACUGUCAGUUUUUUAUAAAGGACCUGGAGCAGGACGUCCUCUGCGUCACUGUGUUCGAACGAGACCAGUUCUCGCCCGACGACUUCCUGGGCAGGACAGAGAUCCGAUUGGCUGAAAUAAAGAAGGAUCAGGGCUCUAAAGGACCAAUCACCAAGCGGUUGCUACUGCACGAGGUUCCCACAGGAGAGAUUGUCGUCAGGCUGGACCUCCAGCUGUUUGAAGAACCUUAAACCAGAACAGGACCAACAUGGACUGGUCUCCAGGGACUGGGGCUGGAUUGGACUGGACUGGUCUGGACUUUCUUAGUGCUCAGAGGCUGUUAGGAGGAAGCUGAGGAAACAUUUCAAUUACUGUCAUUUACCAGUUAAAUAUUAGAUUUCUAGUUUCUGAAAAGUCUUAAAAAUAUUUCGACUCAAACUUCACGUGAGUCUGAUACAACAGUGGAUUACGAUGCAGGCGUCUUUUUGAUCCUGCUAUUAAAUGAUGUGUCAUUAUUUAUGCUUAUUAGUGCUGGAAACUGUAGCUCAGAAAGUGGACAGUGAUUGUCAGUUUGUUUUUAAUUAUUAAUAUAUGUAAAGUUAUAUUUGGGGCUUUAUUGACAGGACAGUAAACAUGAAAUGGGGCAAACGCAUGCAGCAAAGAGCCGGGUCGGAAUCGAACCCACAGCCUCUGGAGGAGGACUCGAGCCUCUGUAAUGGUUUUUAUUGGGUAAUCUACCCCAUUAAACCACAUUUAACUGGUAAAUGCUGCAGAAACUUCAUUAUAAUUAUAAUAUAACAUCAUAAAAAAACGAACAGCAAGAGAAGAAAAUUUUAACUGGAUGUAAGAAAUUAAUAUUGUACCUAAACUCGUGUGUCUGCAAGUUCUGAAUAUCUUAAAAUGUACAUUCCAGGCCACAAAAGUCUUAAACACUAUAAAUGUUCAUGUCUUAAGUUUUUUUUACUAGUCUUGAGGAGAGUUCCAGUAAGCAGAUUCAUACUGGGAUGAACUUCCCAGUAUGAAUCUGAACUUCGACGAACUUCCCGAGGCAGCAUGAAGGAUGUUGCACUUCCAAGAAAUUUUAAUCCAAGACCUGUGUCAGUUCCAGUCCAGUCCAGUUUAGUCCAGUCCAGUCCAGUCCAGUCCACUUCAGUCCAGUCCAGCUCUGUCGGCCUUCUGUCUGGUUCACGACAGUAUUUGAUCCAGUCGUCUGUCGGGGAUCGGCCGGGUUCCUUUGUGUCAUCAGACAGACUCUCCACUGACAAUCCCAGCCCUCCUGCUUUGUCCCUACAAACCCCGAAACCCCUGUGUGUGUGUGUGUGUGUGCGUGUGUGUGUGGGGGUGUACGUGUACAUGAGUGUGUGUGUGCAUGUGUGUGUGAAUGCCUGUAAGAGUGUUAAGGUGGACGAGCUAAUUAACGGUACGGUUCAGUGUACAUUUUAUUUUUUAUCGUACAACUCUCUCGGAGUCUUAGGGUCGAGUGUCAGCGUCGAGGUUCUGCAUGUUAAAGGGACCGUGACAUUUUGAAUUUAUGUACAGGUGCAAUGAGAAAAGCUAACAAUGCGAAUAAGCUAAAACUAUAGUAAUACACAAUACAUGACAAGUGUCCGGUGUACAUAAAUUACAGACAUGCCAAAAUGUCCCUUUGUAUGAAUAAUAAUAAUAAUAAUAACGCUGGUGACGAUGUGGCUGACGCAGGGAAACAGGUUUGACAGCUAAUUUAAAUUGAGGUACUGUAAAGAAGAAUGUCUUUGUUUUUAUUUGAUGUUGAACGCACACAGGGGUUCUAGCUCUAGGUGAUUGUUUUGUCACGUGUUUUACCUCUGGUGUUACGUUGCUGCUGUGCGGAGCUGUCACAGUGGCCGUCGCUAUGCAGGGAGGGAAAUAACCCGACAGUAUCCGAGGGGCCCAGAGCCGGAUCCAUCGGGGGGGCCCUCGAACACGCUAUCGGUACCGCAGACGUGUAUUUUAUAGAAACGGCCUUUCCACACGCUAACCAUGAGAAAGCUAAGUGUAGAAAUCAUUUUACUGUGCGUCGGCACUCCCAGCACUUUCAAAACAGACGCUGUCGCAAACAUUAGAGCAGAGGACACUACUAACAUCGCACAGCGGCCAUUUUGAAUACUCAAAGCAGGAAACGUAACCUGGAAGAUUAGUAAAAAAAAAAAAGAGGAAGUGAUGUUCUUGUUGACAGUAAAAGACCCAAAUUCUCUCAGUAGCCUCGACUGGAUUUAAAGAUGGACGACAUGGCAUCAGCCCAAAGGUGAAGCCAAAUCAUCUCGAUAGCCCCCUAGUGGCAUUUUGAAUUUGUUCAAAAAGAGUAAUCUUAAAAAAAUGUUUACUUGUUUAAAUGUUAAUCCAGCUUCGUACUCCUGGUGCCUUCAUAUCCGGUUGUGUUAGCUUGUUUACGAAAGCCUGCUUUCUAGUUCAACACAGAAAAAACAACCAGUCGCUGAUUUUAAACGGACAACAAAUGUAAGACUUCACUUUUUGCUUUAAGUGUUUAUAUUCAUAUCAUUUUACUUGAUUUCUUUCAAGUACACAAACUCAGGAGUCACUCUGAAGGCAGCGCUAAUCCUCCACGCAGACUUUCCCCACCUGAGCGUUCAAAAUGGCCGCUGCGCUCGCCAGUCAGACGACAGAUAAAAUCCCAGUGUGUUCGCUCAGCAGAGUUGUAUAUAUAUACGUUAGUUAGCUAGCUACUCGGCCAGUUAGUAAAUUUAGCUAGAAGUUUUUAAUUUAACGCCACGGUUACAGUCACGCGCUGGAUUACCACGGAGACAACCUAUAGUUACCUUAGUGACCAGUCACUGUCCAAUCAGAGGUCAGCGAGGCCAGGCCGGUCGCAGCAUCUUGACAGUGGAGGAAGGUGUGAAUGUGUUUCCCCAGAUUGAAGCUAACGAUGACGAUGAUGAUGAUGAAGGUCGUCGUCGACCCUGUACUGUUCUUACUGUUCUACCCGACCUCCUCUCCUCCCUGAACCUAAUCCAGUUUGAACCUGUUCUCACUGUCUAUCUUCCAGGUUGUGUAUAAUACUACUGCUAAUCUGAGAGUUAAUAUAUGAGCGUGGGGGGGGGGGCGAUGGAGACUGCUGUUAAUUAUCACUGUAGAAGAUGAUGUACGUUGUUGUCUUUCAAUGUUCAGAAUAAACUCCAGUUGGACCAAGA